GGCGAUACGUUCGGUCAGGUCAGGACCACGAAAUUGACGCACGUCCCCGUCGAAAAGGCAAAUAAUCUGGAGGCUUAACAUGUCAACGCGUCUUCGAGUUUUAUGGUCCCGAGUUUAUAGAUAAGCGCGUGCAGGAUUUGGUCGCCAUAAAAACCGAUCCGUUCGAUCCGGAAACCCAUUUUCGCAGUAAACAUGUUAACCACGUAUGUGACGGGAUGUUUGGUGGCGCUGGUCGUCUUGGCAGCACCACCGGAAGCUACAGUCGACGACGCCGCUUUCGGUCGCAUCAUCGAGAAGAUUCCGGAAGAAGAUAGACGAGUGUACCUUCAAAAUCUAGUUCGGAUGUUUCUCGGAACAGGAGAAGACGAAUCCGCUCUGCAGAACUUUCAUUUGGACCAACGCCAGGCCUGGGCCAUUUAUGACUACCUGAAGAGUCACUUGGACUACAGCGGCGACGUCGUGUGCAUCCCCGGAUACGGUUGUUUUGACUUGAACGACCCAGGAGCGCGUCCUACCCUGUGAUCCGAUCAAAAUUGUUUUGAAGACACAUCUAGUGCCGAUGUUAGUGUAUAAGAUUAUGCAAUUGAACUGGAAAUAAAAUACUGGGUGUGGUAGUACUGGGUGAUGUUCUUCCUUACUACCGAAUUCGGGUGAAAUGACGACACCAACGUCGUCAACGAAAUA